CCUACGGACGCAUGCUUGGAAGACAUGCGCUUUGCGGCAAAGUCCUCCUUUUCUCCACACACGCUUCUAAGCCUCGGCACAUCUCCUCACAUCGCUACUAACUACACUUUAUUCAUCUUCCGUGUCAGGAUAAACUCCACUCGUCUCAGCCAAAUUUGGAGAUUAUUAGGCCCGCUUAGCUUGAUAGUUGUUUGAGCGCGCCAAUUAGCUUAGCAUGCUAGUUAGCUUAGCAUGUUAGCCGCUAACAAAGAGACGCGGAUUUGAUCAACACAUCGCUUAGUUAAGAUCAAGUGUGAGUGUAAAGUGUUGUGAUUGUGUGAAAAUGUGCGAAAGAACGAUAGCAAAGUAUGAGGAAGAACUUUGUUGUGUGAAAAUGUGUGAAAGAACGAUAGCAGAGUACAAAGAGGAACUUUCUCGGACAAAAGAAGAGAACGAGAGACUACGUCAACUAUUGGAAGCUGUUUUCAAGAAACCUCAAGUUGUGUUACACAGAACAGACCUCAAUAAAGAACAUCUUCCUCAUGAGCAGGAAGAAGAGCCACAGCCCCACCACAUUAAAGAGGAAAAAGAGGUACCACAUUCCCAGCACAGCAAAGAGGGAGGAGAGGAGCCACAUCCCCCCCACAUUAAAGAGGAAGGCGAGACGCCACAGACCCAUAAUGUUAAACUGACCCUUCACAUUAAAGGGCAAGCGGAGGACCCACUGAUCUUACACAUCAAAAAUGAAGAGGAGGACCCACUGACCCCUCACUUUAAGGAGCAAGAGAACCUGCUGACUCCUCACAUUAAAAAGGAAGAGGAGGACCCACUGACACCCUACUUUAAAGAGGAAGAGGAGGACCAAGAGCCGCCGCACAUUAAAGAGGAAGAGGAGGAAGAGGGCAUCAGUCAGCCUAAAUGGUUGGAGGAGUUCCCAGUGACUGGUGUCCCUGUGAAGAGUGAAGAUGAUGAGGUGAAAGGUGAAAGUGAGGAGAGGGGAGGGGGGGAGCCUCCAAGCAGCAGCUCAACACAACACAUGACAACAGAAGCUGAUGGAGACCACUGUGGAGGAUCACAAGCAGACAAGCUCUUAGCUCCACUAUCAGAUAGUGAGGACACAACGUCACACUCUCCUGACACUGAUGAUGAAGACUCUAAAGAUGAUAAGACAUGUCACACUGACAACACUCACUUCACUUGUUCUCACUGUCACAAAACCCUUAAAUACCGUAGUAGUCUGAAAAGACACAUGAGAACACACACUGGAGAAAAACCUUUUUCUUGUUCACUCUGUAGUAAAGGUUUUACACAAAGUCACAAUUUAAAAGUACACAUGAGAACACACACUGGAGAAAAACCUUUUUCAUGUUCAAUCUGCGGUAAAGAUUUUACUCAGAGGCCAGAUUUUAAAGUACACAUGAGAACACACACUGGUGAAAAACAUUUUUCCUGUUCAACCUGUGGUAAAGGUUUUGCACACAGUAGCAAAUUGAAAAGACACAUGAGAAUACACACUGGUGAAAAACCUUUUUCCUGUUCAAUCUGUAGUAAAGGUUUUACACGAAGUCAGAGUUUGAAAGAACACAUGAGAACACACACUGGUGAAAAACCUUUUUCCUGUUCAAACUGUGGUAGAGGUUUUACACAAAGUCAGAGUUUGAAAGAACACAUGAGAAUACACACUGGUGAAAAACCUUUUUCCUGUUCAAUCUGUGGUAAAGGUUUUACACAUACUAACAAAUGGAAAAGACACAUGAGAAUACACACUGAGGAAAAACCUUUUUCCUGUUCAACCUGUGGUAAAGGUUUUACACGAAGUCAGGGUUUGAAAGAACACAUGAGAAUACACACUGGUGAAAAACCUUUUUCCUGUUCAACCUGUGGUAAAGGUUUUACAGAAAGUCAGAGUUUGAAAGUACACAUGAGAACACACACUGGUGAAAAACCUUUUUCUUGUUCAACCUGUGGUAAAGGUUUUACAGUAGGUCAGAGUUUGAAAGUACACAUGAGAACACACACUGGUGAAAAACCUUUUUCCUGUUCAACCUGUGGUAAAGGUUUUAGACACAGUCAGAGUUUGAAAGUACACAUGAGAACACACACUGGUGAAAAAUCACAUUCCUGUUCAAUCUGCAACAGAAGCUUUAGUGAGCGAUCAACCCUUGUAGCACACAUGAGAAGACACCCAGGAGAGAAAGUGUUGAGUUGCAGUGUGUGUGGUGAAAGAUUGUCUUCUAAGUACCAGUGUAAGAAACACAAGUGUGCUGGUGAGAACAGCAGCAGCAAAUGAAACUGCAGGAUUUGAAAUAAACUGUCCAGACUUUCAUUUUGACUUUCUAACAACAUCAGCACAUAUAACAUGUGUGACAUUGUUGUUUGUCUAACAAUCUGGUUAAUAUGAUCUUUACAUUUAUAUAGAUUAGAUAGUUUGAAAUAUAAAAGUAUUACAUAUUUGUACUUCUAAUUGUUAAUAAUCCCAUAGAUUAUCACCUUUAUAUGAUAUACAUAUGUACUGGUUCACAUCUGAAACAUCUUCUGGACCACUUCAGGAAGCAUAUUAUUAUUUACUUUAUACAUCAUUUAAACAGUUGUCUUUUAUACAAUUUUAAAAUGUGUGACUUUAUGAAUCAUUUGUUGGGUCUCUAUAAUCCAUGUUAUUAAUAAUCUUUAUUACUCUCUUUUGUAAUAAGAUGAUUGUGUUGUGAUUAUUUUAUAUGUAUGUCCCCAGACCUUUAUGCUAUAUAAAAGGGAGAGAAAAUGGCUGAAUUGUCUGAGGAAAGAUUUUUUUUUUUUUCUACAAACUGACUCUCGUGGAGAAAACAAAAAUUCCCAUUAUUGGGUUUCGAACAUUUUUAAUAUAUGUAUUCUUUUUAAACAUCCCCAAAACUGUAUCAGUAUCAAUCAAAGUUCAGAGUGUCAGUAAAAAGCUAAUAUUGUACAUCAUCCCACAGAUAUUUACUUUGCAUUCUGUUGGAGCAAAAUUUUCUUAUUUGUUUAUUUUGUUUUUAUUUAGUUUUCUGUAAUUGAUUGCUGGCCUCAGUUGAUGCUGAAUUUCCUUUUCGGCAGAUUGCUCCGCCCACUUCCUCUUGAGAACCAGGAGAUGUUGACAGGGAUGGGACCGUUGCUAUGGUGCGGUUGCUAUGGUAACGUCAUUUAAUUGGGUUCAGGUGGGAACACUGGAGGGGCGACUGCAUGGAGGACACAAACUGUUUACAAGCUUGCUGUGUGUGGUCAGGUCUCACUGCUGUGACAAUGUUGCAUCCAAGUCAAGGUCAGCAUACUUUAUGUUCUACAGCCUACAUGUCAUUUCAGUUUGAUAGCCAAAAAUAAACUGAUUGUCAUAUCCAAACAUA